GAGGCGGAACUUUUUUUUAUAGAGUGAAACGGCAGCGCGCUGCAUCGUCUCGUGUGAUCGAGCCACAGUAGAGGGAGCGACGCACCGAAUUUAGAUCUUUCUUUUCUCUCUCUCCUCCUUUUUCGUUUUCAGCUUAAAGAUGCUAAGGAAUAUGAACUCCAGCCAACCGCGCCUUCCUCGGUUGGGCGGCCACAAAAGCCCACCGAUGCGGAAGCCCGUGCCCACGUCCACCACGCCGUCCGGUCCGUCCUCGCUGAGUUCCUCCGCCCGCAUUGAGCCCGCACGUGCCUCCAACUCCCCCGAGCGGCCGUACAUAGACGUCGGCUACGACGACGACGAUGUCCCGUACGCGCAGCAGCAGGUGCACCUCCUCGCCACGCUGCGCGGUGGCACCGCACCAUCGACGCCGCAGCAACAGGCGCCGUCACCGCCGCGACCAGGGCGGCCGUCGUCGUCACCCCCGCUCACCGCCUCGUCGUCCAGCUCCGCUCCGCCAUCGUGGCAGGAGCAGGUGAAGAGUGAAGUUUUGCUGGGACCGGCUCAGCCGCGCGGCUCGUCGCCAGCUCUCGACGACAACCGCAACCCAGUCCCCGUGUUCGCAUCAGCCGCGCUGAGUGGCGACACUUCAAGUGAGCGCGAUGACGGUGACAACACCGGCGACACUCCGCAAGACAGCGCCGAUCGUGUGACGCGAGAGCCGCAGAACCGCCGUGCCUCCAGGUCUGAGGUGCUCUCCGCGAUUCCCCUCCUCGCCGCCACGGCGUCCCCUGGGAUUCCCAUAACGGACUUCCCGGUGAGUCCGGUCAGUGUCGCGAGCUCCUUGGCAGCCGACACACCACGCUCCAUCUUACGCCGCCCCGGCAGAGAGCGCGACACCCAAUCGCCCUGCUCGGGACACCGUCGAAUCAGCUUUAUCGAUCUCUCUCCGUUGCAUGAGGGCAGCAGCAACAACAGCACAAGUCCUGAGAACACACCACCUCGUCGUGAAAGCUUGAGCGGCGAAGACGACGAGGACGAGUUUGCAGAGCCCAUGCUGCGAUACGCGACGGACACGCCCGCGGCUGCAACCCCGGAGGCGACAUCACAGGACGUUCACGACGGACAACGUGAACGAACGGAUCUCGGGAUGCCACCCUCUUCCCCUCCUCGAUCACCGGACAGGCACCACACCGCCGUCCCUGCUACUGCUGCUGACAACGACAAACUGCGUCACGAGCGCAGUCCUGACACGUACCGCGAUGGCCAUCAGCAGCGUCGCUCUGCGUCUCCCUCUGCCUCGCCGGGGCGGCCUGUUGGCGCAGGACGUUCGCCCACACGCACACCACCGCGCGGCAGCGGAGAGGCCCACCCACCCACACCCGCUCGCACGGCAGUCACCGCCUCUGCACCACCACCACCAGAAGAAGAGAAUGACGUUGUUACACUCGACAGGGCCUCCCCACCUCGCGGGCAGCAGCAGCCACCGCGCCGUCCGGCUGCUCCUCCUACGCCUUCCCCACAUCCUCAGCGCAGCCCAGACCGAGCUGGACGCGGCACCGCAAACAACGCGGUGGCGGGCAGGGGCGGCUCUGCGGGGCGCGACAACGACGUUCUGACGGAGCCGCACAAUAGAAGCCGCCGCCCAUCGCACAGCGAAACGGGUGACGCACCGGCGGUGGUGGCGCCGGUUGGCCGUCGCCCUCCGACGCGGCACCGGUGGCCUUCCGACGCUUACGUGGACGAGCCCCCCACCGAGGUGAGUACAACCCAGCGUGGCUCUCAGCGCGACGGCGCCGGCCGAUCCCGUGAAAGCCUCGACCCCGAGGAUGAUAUGGGAAGCAGCGCAACCCGCAGCAGUGAUACGAGCCACGACGACUACUCCAGCGAUGCGCACAGCGAUAACGAACCUUCCUUUCACUACGAGUCUCCGGUGAAGGAGGCACCGUCACGGCACAGGUCCAGCGAUCGCGCACGCACGCCGUCACCCAAAGCCGCCUCCCCGUCACGGUCCCCACACAGGGACGGCGGCCGAAUGCCGGAUCGCACCAGGAACCCCAGUCCGAGCCACUCGCGCUCCCCGAGCGGCCGCCUGCCGGAGCGGCGCACCAGCAAAGGCGCCAGUGAAAGCCGCGCAAGUGGCAGUAGGAGUAGCAGCGGCAGUCGCGAGCGACCCAUCCCCUCGACGCCCACGUCGCUGACAGAGGGCCUUGACCGCGGGAUGCGGCAGCACCGCAGUCCAAGCCGCGAGGAAGGCGCUACACCUUCGUUGAGCCAAAGCACGUCGCUACCGUCUCCAGUGGACAGUAAGGGAGCGAAAAGACGAGGAGAAGUCGCACCGCCCGUCACUCCGAGGGAAGCGAGCCACUCGGGCUCCCAUGGCCGCUCGCCAUCCACGAUUACAAGUCGCAGCUCAGGGCAAAGCUUUACAGAGGAGACCGCCGCUGUCGCAGCCCCGCACCCCAUCUCUUCCGCGGCGGCCCGCACGUCGCCCUCUCAACCAAUAACGAAGGGCCCUUCGUCGAAGCCUCAAGCAGGACAUGGACGGCGCGAAAGCAAUCCUCGACGCGGUCCUCCGCACCGCGAAGUUUCGGCGGACGCCUCGUCAGCGGACAGCUCUCAACCUAGCAGCAGACGGAGCUCACCCUCAAAGAAGAAGGGUCCAUCCGCACCACCCGCCUCAGUGGCGGCGGCUCCUGUGACGGUGGAGGGCGUCCCAAAACGACAGCACAAAGCGGAGAAGGAGGAGCCGCAAGUGUACGUGGACCCGCUACUGCGAGAGCGUCAGCACCGCCACGAUGUCGCCCGGCAGCAGUCGCCGACGUACCUGACCAAGCAAACACCAUCAGCCGAGGCGGUUGCGCCACCGCGGCCACACAAGCGGCACUCCACACGCCGCGCCGUCUCACCUGGAAGCCUCGACGAGCGCGGUGGUGUCUUCGAGCCGGUAAGCCUGCGUGACAUUAUGGCUCGCCACGACACUCCCGAGGCAAAACGGUCCAAGUCUUCUUCUUCAUUGCCUUCAAAGAAAUCUUCACGGGCGUCGUCCGUUGUGGCCGACAGCGGACCGAAGCGUACGAAGGAGACACACAGACCGACGGCGCAUCCGAUUCUUCACCAGCCACGGGACACUCGCGAAAGGAAAUCGGACCCCGCACGCCCGCCGUCCACUGGGGCUGUGUUUUCGGAGAAGGGAGCAAAGGAAGCUCCAUCAGUGUCGUCGAAGCGGUCGAGCGGCGGUGUACCGGCGGAGGACUUGGUCUGGGACGCCCCCACGCCGACCUCCCGUGCGAGCAGCGCCUCCCCACCUGCGUCUCCCACGUCCCCAUCCGCAGGACUCGCCACAACCACCGGAGGCCACAAGGUCUUUCACAAGAAACUCGUCAUUGUCGUGCGCAGGAAGAGCAGCGGGGCGCCGCCGUCGGAGAGCGAUCCCGUGAUGCAGGUGUCCAUGGUGCCCUACAGAGAAGGCUCGCCCGCGGUGAGGCACGCGGAGGAGUGCCAGGAAGCGCGCCAGCGCGAACGCCUUGCGCGAGCGAGCCGAAGCACAGAGAGUAGAGAAGAUGCACGGGCUGGCAGUGGCAGUGCCAUCGGUGCGGUGUCCGCUUCGACGACAGCGCGCGCGCCACCGCUAGAGCGACUCAUUGAUCACAUUCAACCAGGACGCAAGCCGUCCGUGUCGUCGCGAAACUCCAGCCGAAAUACGCACAUUCGCGAGAGUCGUGUAGGCGAGGAGGACGCCGAUGCUCACGGCAGCAACAGAGCAGGAAGUGAGGAUGAGAGGACAGAAGAAGAUCGCCGACAAUUUCGCCGCGCCUUAUCAGCGGCGUCGUCACGAAGUGCGAGUCGCCGCUCUUCUGUCGCACGCUCUGCGCACUCGCGUCGUCCUCGGUCGGGCAACGCACUGCCGCUGCGGCGUUCGUCGAGCCUUCCUCCUCUUCCAGAGGAUAAGCAGCAAGCUCGCAAUGACACCAGUCCUGCCAAAGACACGGCAGACAAGGUGGCGUCACGCAAGGACAGCACCAACAUCAGUGUACACUCGUCCGUCGUGAAGGAGAAAAGCUCACGAUCUUCAUCUAUGACGUCGGUUCCGCACCGCAGAUCAACACCAGCGCCCCCCAGCAGCGUCGUGGCGGAUGAAAACAAAGACGUGGCGAGCGCCAAGACACGUCGGUGGGACGAGUCCACCAUGACCCCCUCGCGACGUCGCCACCACCACUACCAUCGCUCUCCGCAUCCCGGCUCUCAUCGCAACUCGGUGCAUGCAGACGCAAAGGCAAACCAACCGCACCGCUCCGGUAGUGACGCCAAAUUCGUCGACAGCGUAAGUGACCGCGGCGCUUCAGUGGAACAAAGCCGCCAUCAUCAACAGCCUCAGCCGUCGAGGUCGCCGCAAUCCGCGUCAGACCCGGCGCCAUCCCUUCCCGACGCCCCGUAUCGCCCGACGCAGAAUGAUGAAUACUACUUUGGCGCAGGGCUGGAGAAGGAGGUAGCGCAGCUCGAGCAGACGAAUGCCGCACCACAACGGAUCGGCAUCACCACCGUAACAAUGCCCCUCUUGCCGCGGCUCACCUUAGCAGCAGACGGAGGCGAGGCAGGGGACGGUGCGUGGUCCGCCUCCGACGGCGCCGAUGGCCUUGGAGAGAACGACGGAGAUCGAAUCGCACGCGAUAGCGGCGGCUCCCGACGACGGCGGCUGAUGCAGGCGAGCGCCACGCAAACAGACCGCGUUGGUCCGACAAUGAUACAGGCGCGAGGGGAGAGCGGGAUGCCUCUCGUGGCCGCCACGCCUGUGCUUCGUCCGUCUGUUCUUGUUGAAAGUGGGGUGCAUGCGGCGGCUCCUGUGCAGUCGGCGAGCUUCAUGGAGAACGUGCGUUUUGCUGGUGCCCCUGCGUCGACUGCGUACGCGCCGAUACCGGCGACCCACUCCACCUUCCCAUCCUCGAGUGCAUUUCCGGCCUUUGGACAGCCACAACAGAAGCCGUUCUUUACUCCGUAUUCGCUGCAAGUGGCAGCUCCUCCGUUCCACAACAAUGCGAACGGUGCAUUCCCACCACCAGCAGCGACCGCGACCACGACGGUGCCGCUCUUUGUGCCGCCGCUGACGGUGGAUAACGUCUCCCACCUCACGCAAGACUGGCAGUCCACGCUGCGCGAGCGCUCCGGCAGGGCGAAGCAGAACGCCAUGGAGCAGUUUCUCAUUGCGUCCGCCGAAGCGGGUGCGGCAUCGACGCUGAGCAGUGCGUACCCGCGCGCCGCAGCCUCCGGCGCGGCAGACAACAUGAACCAGGCCGCCAAUGUGUUCGGCAUUGGUGUUGGUGCGCCUGCAGACGGGGGAGAUCCGCGCCGCUGGCCGGUGCAGCUGCAAGCCGGUCUGCCGACCAGCGAGUACUACGGCCAACCACCACAGCUGCAGCUGCAGCAGCAACAGGCCCGACAAGCUUCUGCAUCUGCCGCCACGCCAAAGCGAAAAUCCGCAUCGGCUGUGAAAGUGACGAAGGCCCCGAAGAGCGCCGCCGCUGCCAAACCAACGGCGCCGGUGGCCUCGAAUGGAAAGCCGCAAACCCGCCCCGCUUCUCUUCCGCAAGCGGACGCCUAUGAUCUCGUAGAGGGCAGCGAUGCGGAGGGCGAAAUCAGGAGCGGCGCCGGCAGCGACGACGAACCGAUGGAGGCGGUCGACGCGGUGGAACCGCUGCCGCAGCCUCGACCGCGCGCUACUCGCCAUCUGGCCCCGCCCACUUCGGCUUUCGCGGCGUCGGAACAGUCGACCCCGCGCCCAUCCGCAGAGCAUCUCCGUCAUUCGCCUGGGCAGCAGAAGGGUGCCGCCAUUCUGUCGCCGUCCGCCGAUCCCAUCAAACCGAAAGAGAGCACGCGGCACAAGGAUGCCAAGCCAUCGCGUCGGCCAGCGGCUGCCGCAGGUAGUCGGCGCAGUCUCAGUAAACCUGCCACAGGGGGGUUCACGGUCGCCGAACCCGAAAGUGAAGUAUCGAAGCCGAAGGAGAAGGUCAGCGCCGGGCACGCUCGCCACGCGGACCCGCACGCGGCGGACAGGCACGACCGCGGCGCAUCAGCCGGCGCGUCUUCCGCGUCUUCUCGCACAAGCGGGAAGCCAAAGAAAGACGGAAAGAGAAGGAAGGAGGAUGCGCAUCCGACAAGGAGAGACAAGAAGGACAAGGAGGAAGGGAGGCGCAAGCGCAAACCCUCACAGGGAAAGCGGCACGGCAGCCGCGACGCCAAGCCGCACCGCCGUGCGAACUCCACCGCCUCCUCGUCUUUGUCGUCCAAGGCGUCCUCCACAGCUCUCUUUUCCAUUCCGGAUGUUUUCAACUUUUCGCACCGGAAUCCCGGCGGCGACGACGACAGCGACGUGGACAGCGACCUGGCCACUUCGAUGGAGUUCCAACUCUCCCGCCUGCAGCAGCAGCGCGAGAAGGAUGUGUCCCUUGCGUUGAGCUCACUACAGCACAUGCAAGAGAGGGCGGAGCGGAAGCGGGAGAAGGCGGCGGCACAGAAGAGGAAAAAGAGCCGUCACCAUCGUCGACGCAGCACCACCGGCGGCAGCAGCAGCAACAGCGGUGAUAACAGCGCUCGCAGCGGCGAGGCAAAGAAGAAACAUCACACGAAGGACGAGAAGGAGAAGGAGAGGCGAAAGAAGCACGACAAACGGCGCCGAUCCCAAUCUGCGGCGACUAAAAAAUCGAAGAAGGACGACAAACACAAGUCCACGCAUCAACGCUCCAAGUCAGCGUCGAAGGCAGACCCGCUCCCCCUCCCACCGCCACCGCCAUCACAGGCACACGACGCAUGGCCCGGCGAUGCCACACCCUCACAAAAUCGUGCAGAUCGUCCUUCCGGUGAAAGCCGCUACUCCACCCCGCCCUACGAACCGAUCGGCACGUCUCGCUAUAGGGGCGCGCUGCCGUCUACGUAUGCACGGCCGGACUACCCUUCCCGCGUCCCCUUCCGAGCUGCGGAAGGUGAAGGGCAGAGCCCGCGGUCAUUUAGUCCGUCGUACUUCCGAAGUCGCAGCAACGGGCUCGACAACAGUACGCAGGGUGAUGGGCUCGCGAGCUCCCGUCAUGCACCGCGCCGCGCGUUCACGGCUUCUUCCGCCACUCCACGCUGGACCGGUACCCCACCGCGCUCCUACGAGGUCGACGAUGAUGUCGGGUCGUCCCCAGGGCUGCGGUCUGCGUACUCGCCCCGUUCUCGCCCAGAAAGUCGCGCGGCAAGACCGUUCACGCGCUGGAACGAUUACGUUCGUGAGGCGGAGCGCAGUGACCGAACGAACGCGCGAGGUGGCAACAACAACAACGCACCAACCGCCUCCCGCUACAGCUCUCCGUCGUCUGCAUCGCCGCGCUACACGCCGUACGGGCAGCGUCGGGGGAGCAGCGGAGGCGACACAGCGAGUCCGCGGGCCGGCGUGGACAGCUUCCGUUCUCGGCCGUCACCCUCCACUAACUCGCGUUACAAACCGUCGUACCCGAGUCGCACGGCGGACUACGACGACAUCGAUGAUAUUCCAAAGAGGAGCUAUUUUAAUGAUAACGCUGCGGACGCGUACGGCUCGACGGGACGUCGUCGUUCCCCCAGUGCAGAAGGACCACCGCCGUCCCACCGUAGACAGUGGCGGGGCACGGAAGCCCCACGCACGACAAAAGCGGAUGACAUUUUGGUGUCGACACCCUCGCAGGAUCGCGACGACUCCUCCGACUACUGGGAAGAGCGCGGGAGCGGACAGACGCAGCCUCGUCACGGCGCACCACCACCGCCGCCGUCGCUACCGCGCGACUCGCGGAACGGCAGCACGCACGCGCCGUCUACCGCCAAUGCAGCUUUCGAGAAGAGGGACGGUGUCGUUCCCGCCUCGAAAGCCCUCCCUAUUGUGUCGGAGCACAACGUGACGGAUGCGCUAACCGCGCAUGACUUCGCAGAAGGCGUGGAGGAGAUUGUCAGCGCUCUGCGGCAGUACAAAGAAGGGGUGUAG